CGCACGAGAGAAUAUCCCCCAUUGCGUAUUUUGGUCUUCGGGUACGCGUAGGACCGUAGGUUAAGCCCAUCUGUAACGCUCAGAUAAAGAAAACAUCUCUUCCACGUUGUUCUUUUGUCUUGGUAAAUACAGCGUUUGCUUUCAAAAGCUCCACACAUUUCUUCGCAGGCAAUCCAACGCUACUGCCGUUGCCUUCCCCUCUCUGAAUUUCUUCUCCUCCCUCUAUCGGAAAUCUAAACAUACGGGGCGCGAAUCCUGGCUGUUGCCGAACCUAUUUCCAGAUUGCAUUGGCCGAUACUGUCUCCAGCAUAGCAGUAUAGGGCAUCUGAAGUGAAUGUUAGUAUAACUAUUAUGUCUGGACUGAUUGAUGGUCUUCCUGACGCGGUUGCCCUCAGGUGCCUUGCACGGGUUCCCUACUACCUCCAUCCCAAAUUGGAGCUUGUUUCUCAUUCCUGGAGAGCUGCCCUUCGGAGCCCUGAACUAUUCAAAGCCAGACUUGAGGUUGGCUCAUCAGAGGAUCUAUUAUGCGUGUGCGCAUAUGACCCUGAGAAUUUAUGGCAGCUUUAUGACCCUAUCCGAGACCUUUGGAUCACUCUGCCUGUGCUUCCAUCAAAAAUCAGGCACCUUGCCAACUUUGGUGUUGUCUCUGCUGCUGGAAAGCUUUUUGUACUUGGUGGUGGUAGUGAUGCUGUUGACCCUUUGACUGGCGAUCAAGAUGGGAGCUUUGCAAGUGAAGAAGUCUGGUCAUAUGAUCCUGUCAUCCGGCUGUGGGCACCGCGGGCCUCAAUGCCUGUGCCCCGUGCUAUGUUUGCAUGCUGUGUUCUGGACGGAAAGAUUGUCGUUGCAGGUGGAUUCACCAGCUGUCGGAAAUCAAUUUCCCAGGCAGAAAUCUAUGACCCUGAGAAGGAUGUGUGGGUCUCAAUACCUGCUCUGCACUACACUCACAAUUCAGCAUGCGCAGGUGUGGUGAUUGACGGCAAGGUGCAUGUUUUGCACAAGGGGUUGUCCACUGUGCAAGUCUUGGAGAGUGUGAGGUUUGGAUGGACCGUUAAGGACUAUGGUUGGCUCCACGGUCCAAUGGCAGUAGUUCAAGGGGUGCUAUAUGUGAUGAGCCAUGGACUCAUUUUUAAGCAGGACAGAGAGGCAAAGAAGAUGGUAGGAUCAGCAUCUGAUUUUCGAAAUAGAAUUGGGUUCGCAAUGGUUGGCUUGAGAGAUGAAAUUUACGUAAUUGGAGGGGUUAUUGGCCCUGAUCGGUGGAACUGGGACAUCAAUCCAAUGUCUGAUGUUGAGGUUCUGAUGGUUGGAAGUGAGAGACCAACCUGGCGGCAGGUAGCUUCUAUGACAAGGUGCCGUGGAACUAUUCUUGGUUGCACACAGCUGAGAAUUUAGGUCCUCAUUUGUUUGUUCCUUUGUUGUGAGAAUUGUGCCCAUGUUCAGGCUCUUGGUCCCUGUUUUGUGGGGGAUGAUUGCAUCUUCUUACUGGUUUACUGCUCACCACUACGUUGUUGUAAAAACCAUAAUCUGGAUUUCUGUUUCUGUUGAUCUGUGGGGAUUUUAGAAGCUCUUAUUUAGAGGCUCGACACAGAAGGUACAAUUGGCAAGAAAUGAGCAGUGCAUGAUGAAAAUGAAACAUGAGCAUGAACAGAGAGCAAUUCUUUGUACUUCUAGUUUUAUUUUGCUGCUUGCACAAAGAAACAGUUGGAUUAUUUCUGUCUCAUUCUUCUGUUAGUGUGUGAACAAGUUGUUUUUCUUUUUCAUUUUAAAUUUUAAAUUGUUUGAUCCA